AUGGAUGAAUCAGCUUUGCUGGAUCUGUUGGAGUGUCCUGUUUGCCUAGAACGCCUUGAUGCCUCUGCAAAAGUCUUGCCUUGCCAACACACGUUUUGUAAACGCUGUCUGCUGGGCAUCGUGAGCUCUCGGAACGAGCUGCGAUGUCCAGAGUGCAGGACUCUAGUGGACUGCAGUGUUGACGAACUGCCCAGUAAUAUCCUGCUUGUUAGACUCCUGGAUGGCAUCAAACAGAGGCCUCGAAAACCCAGCGCUGGUGGUGGGACUGCUGGCACAAAUGCUUUAAGGGUCCCCAUCAACACUGUAGCUAAUUGUGGUUCGAAGGACCUGCAGAGCUCUCAAGCUGGACAGCAGCAAAGGGUGCAAGCACGGAGCCCUCCUGUUAGGGGUGUACCUCAGUUACCAUGUGCCAAAGCAUUGUAUAACUACGAGGGAAAAGAACCUGGAGAUCUUAAAUUCAGUAAAGGAGACAUCAUCAUUUUGCGUCGACAGGUGGAUGAAAAUUGGUAUCAUGGAGAAGUCAACGGCAUCCAUGGCUUUUUUCCUACCAAUUUUGUUCACAUUAUUAAACCUUUACCUCAACCUCCGCCUCAGUGCAAAGCACUUUAUGACUUUGAAGUAAAAGACAAGGAAGCAGAUAAAGACUGUUUACCAUUUGCAAAGGAUGAUGUCCUGACUGUAAUUCGCCGUGUGGAUGAAAACUGGGCAGAAGGAAUGCUGGCUGACAAGAUAGGAAUAUUUCCGAUUUCAUACGUUGAGUUUAACACAGCAGCCAAACAGCUGAUAGAAUUGGAUAAGCCCUCAGGUUCUGCUGUUGACUCUGGAGAAGGUACCUCUGGGGCAGCCCACAACAAUUCAACCCAAAAGCACACUGAUACUAAGAAAAACACCAAAAAACGACACUCUUUUACCUCCCUCACCAUGUCCAACAAGGCUUCACAGUCUUCUCAGAAUCGCCACUCCAUGGAAAUUAGUCCUCCUGUGCUCAUCAGCUCCAGCAACCCAACGGCAGCAGCUCGCAUCAGUGAGCUAACAGGACUUUCCUGCAGUGCCCCUUCUCAGGUUCAUAUUGGCACAACAGGGCUGAUUGUGACUCCACCCCCUAGCAGCCCAGUUACAACAGGGCCUUCGUUUACCUUCCCAUCAGAAGUUACCUACCAAGCUGCUCUUGGUAAUAUGAAUCCCCCACUUCCACCACCACCUCUCUUGUCUGCCACAAUCAUUGCAUCGGCUGCUUCUGGACCUCAGCCUACAGGUGGAAUACAAAGGCCUACAUCAGCAUCCACUGACCAAAUGGCACAUUUACGUCCACAAAGUCGUCCAAGUGUGUAUAUUGCUAUAUACCCUUACACUCCUCGAAAAGAUGAUGAACUGGAACUGCGGAAGGGAGAAAUGUUCCUAGUGUUUGAACGCUGCCAGGAUGGCUGGUUCAAGGGAACCUCCAUGCAUACAAGCAAGAUUGGUGUUUUUCCUGGAAAUUAUGUGGCUCCAGUUACAAGGACGGUGACAAGUGCAUCACAAACAAAAGUUCCCAUGUCUACUGCUGGCCAAACAGGACGAGUGGUAACUAUGGUCAGCCCUUCCACUGCUAGUGGAACAUCUCAGAAGCUGCAGGGGAAUGGUGUGGCAGUGAACUCCAGCACAGUACCCACAGCUGUGGUUUCUGCAGCACAUAUCCAAACGAGUCCACAAACCAAGGUCCUUAUGCACGUGACAGGACAAAUGACAGUCAACCAGGCUCGCAAUGCAGUUAGAACAGUUUCCUCACAUAGUCAAGAAAGACCUACGGCUGCAGUCACUCCCAUACAAGCACAGAGUCCAGCAUGCCUUAUUCCUGCAGCUGUGAUCAUUCCCCACCAUUCCACUGCCUCCCAGCAGCUCCAGCCCCAGCUGCCAAACAGUGCUGCUUACGUCACGGCUGUGAAUGUGAACCGAUCCACCAUCCCACUGGCAUGUGCAGCAGCUUCUUUGAAUUCUCCUAACAUUGCUGCUUCAUCUUUGGAGGGAGACAUUAGUGGAAAAACUAUAAACACUCACUCUGGAGCUCCUGCAUCUCCAGAGGGUGCUUUAGCAUCUGGUGGAAGUGCUGCUGUCAGUAAAGCAGACAAGGAUGGCAAGAAAGAAAAAAAGGGUUUGCUGAAACUACUUUCUGGAGCAUCCACUAAACGCAAACCUCGAUUGUCACCUCCAGCAUCACCAACGCUGGAGGCUGAGCAAGCAGCUGCAGAGUUAGCCCUGCAAGGGGCAGUGGGGCUAGAGCUGCCAUCAGCAGGCACUCACAGCAAAGCUGGAUCCUGUCCCUCCGACAGCGAGGCCUCUGCGCUGCCACAGGAGACACUGCAUCGCAAAACCAGUUCCCUGGAUUCCUCUAUUCCAAUAGCACCACCACCUCGGCAGCCUUGCUCGUCCCUGGCUCCGGUCCUGAAUGAGUCCAGGCCUCUUGUUUGUGAAAGGUACAGAGUUGUGGUAUCGUAUCCUCCUCAGAGUGAAGCAGAACUUGAACUGAAGGAAGGUGACAUUGUUUUUGUACACAAAAAACGUGAGGAUGGCUGGUUCAAGGGCACUCUGCAGCGCAACGGCAAGACUGGCCUUUUCCCAGGCAGCUUUGUAGAGAACGUUUGAGAAGAUUCAUUCCAAGAGCUUCAGAUCAUACUGUACUGUAAAAUAGCACAAAUAUUUUGCCAGAAAAAGCACAGUCAUGAAAUAUUUUCAAAUGACUGUAAUGCAAACAAAAGAAUCUACAUAUUUUUACAGUGUCUAUAGCACAAUUACACCAGCGAACAAAGAAGAUGAAGGCAUCUGCUGGUUUUAUCACUUUGAAUUCUUAAGUGUGAUGUGUGCCUUGUACUGUCUGAUUUAUUAUAUAGAGGAAUUUU